AUGGGUGUAACGGAGAGAGGAACUCUUUCCAAAAGAGGGAUUGGUAGUGAAAGUUUUCCCAAAAGAUUAGGAAAUUCAAUCACUCCUGUUGAAGUUUUAGGUCUAGCAUGUUGCACCCUUGAGCCUUCUGAUCACUUGGCGCUGUUGGAUAUUGACAAAUAUCAAAGUCACUUCGCUGAGGUGAAUAUAAAGGAAGCCUUUUUUACCCAGCAUUCAGCUACUGUCACCUUCACCAACAACGAGCUCAUGUUGAAAACAACUGAACACAAUCGUCUCAAGUGA